AUGGGUACCGAACGUGAAGUAAUUAAAUCUAGUUGGCUACAGCAGAAGGUAUGCAGGAUCAGUGGGACACUACUGCGGAAGAAGAAAGUGCGUUACGAAGAGGCAGAAUGGGUUGCUUUAUGUGUGCAUGAUAAACGUAUACCACUGUUGGAAUGGUACUUCAAUGAAGAAUUCAGCAAAGGUCAUAGACCAGAUAAGGUCGUGGAUUUGCUUGAUGCGGCAUUCGUCAGUCCUGUCAUAUCGGAUUCUCGGAGCUUUACUAUCGGUUUUGUACAUUCAGUUACUGAACCUCUUGAACUUACUGCGUUAACAGCUGAAGAUUGUCAGGACUGGGUUCGGAAAACAACUACUGCUUUAGUACAGCUUCAUUGCUUCGGUGAUUCUUAUAAUAUCUAUUCUGAGCUGCCAAAUAUUUCUUCUUUAUCUCUUGAUCGUAAUGACGGCCUAGAAAGCAGUAACAACGUGCUGGAUGAAGAUGUUCCUCAGUGUAACUAUCCUGUAUUUUCGAACGAGAACAGUGUUAGUAGCACGUUUCAGUAUUUUCCCUCAGUACCCAGUCCUCCUUCAACAUCUUUGGAGGAAAGGUCAUCAGCCGCUUUGGUUACAACGAAACCAGUGCUGCAAACCUUGAACGGGAAGAAACAUGUUAGCGAGCGUGAUCUUCCUCCUUCCUUACCCCCUCGUGGGCCAAACCCACCUUUGAGCCCUCCCAUAUCUUCUACUUCCAACACUAAUUCUACAUAUGAUUUUCCAAGAAACUUUGUUCCUUCCAUGACAGCUGAAUCGUCAGACUUAAAGGGAACGACUAAUGGUGGCAUAGAAAAUCCAUCUUUUCAUGACUAUGGACGUAUUAGAGAUUCAUCAAUCUUAUCCACUGAAAUUGACGUACCAUCAGAACUUCCAAAAGCUGAUUUGGUCAAGCGUGGUUAUUCCGUCCCGAGGCAGAGUUCUCCUGUCCAUGCAAAAACAAAUGAUCAGCAGCAGAAUUUUCAAGUUUAUGACACGGUUUGCUCUCCUCAUCACCGUUACGACCUGCCCAUGUUUAAUGACAGGUCGCAGAGUAAUGGCAGUGUAUCCUUUCCGCAGAAAGUUGGGAGGAGUCAAUCUGGCACAGUAGCGCCCUUUACUUCAAAUAUCCAUUCUGAACGGGAAUCAACAAUUUGCCUUGCUGAAAGCAAAAAAGGCUUUUUAAGCAGUUUCGGCCCGAAUGGGGGUCAGUUAAUUAAUAAGUCGACUCAGAUCGCUUUGCAACUUCAGAUUUGCUUGGAACACAUCGCAUUUGUAGAAUGCAGCAAUAAGGUUUGGAUUGGAGGAUGGAGUAAAAUUGCGGAGAAACACGUGUCUAGUUUAAUCCAUGUUGGCGACGAGCUCGUAGAAAUCAUGGAUGUUAAAGCUGAGAGCGUGAACCAGGUUCUUACACUUUUAAGAAAAGUUCCUUCACCUGUAACUUCGGUGGAUUUGAUGCUACGUUCAGUUCCAUAUGGUAAAGGAUACACUUUUACAAAAGACGCUCAGGCAUAUGACUUUGGCAUUGUGUUUCAGAAGCACAAAAAUAAGAUUGAGUCUGUACGUGAGGGGAGUGCAGCGUAUAAAGCUGGCGUUCGUGCUCGGGUAAAUGCAUGUACUCACACGGGCACCACUGCAGCUUACGUCGUCCAGAUUAAUGGACAACAAUUAAGCCUUUUCUCUAAAAAUGAUGAGUUCCUACUCAGACUUAGUGAAGUACCCCUUUUUUCCAAGUUUUCUAUUGUAGUUUUACCUCAUGAUUUUAUCAAAUUGAUAAAAAGAAGUUUGAAGAAGUUGAAGAAUUUUGACCAGUAUUAA